UUAGGUAAAAAUGGAAGACCUAAUUUGACAGCAACAGACGAUAAAGACUCUUCUUCCUCUCAUGGAACCAGCAAGGCCACAGGCCAAAGGUUUAUCACUGGACCCGAUGGAACUAAAUGGGUGGUAGACUUAGAGCGGGGAGUUCUGAUGAACCAGGACGGACAAGUUCUCCAGGACUCUCAAGGCAAACCCAAGAGAGUGGUGCUUGGAGAGGAUGGACGCACCAUUUUUGACCACAUGGGCAGUCCCUUGGUAAGCCAGGAAGGUAUUGCGCUGUUUGGCCAUGGCAGAGAUAGCCAACCUGUCAUCAACCCCAAAGACAAAGUCCUCAUGGUUGGAGGAAAACCUGUACUUGGUUUGGACCGGCCACGCCCAAGGACCACCACAACCACCACCACCACCACCACCACCACAACGACAACCACCACCACGGCUCCUACUACCACACCUGAGCCCACCACUACUGAAUGGUUCAUAGAGGAAUCAACCACUGCACUGCCAUACCCAACCUGUCCACCUGGAACCUUCUCUAAAACAGAUGAAAAUGGGUAUCCAAUUCUGGACCCAGAAGGAAUUUUGGACUGUUAUCCAGAAGAGGACUCCUCAGGGAUGGAAAUGGACUACAUGGUUACAGAGACCAUGAUGCCUGAUGCUUUUGCUCUUGAGAAAGAUGAAGUUUUUGUCCAGACCACCCUGCCGCCCACCACCACCACAACCACAACCACCGAGAUCCCGACUCCAGAGCCACGACCCUCCAACAGAGGCCCUUCAUCUGAGUUUGACCUCAGUGGGAAGAAGCGAUUUACAGCUCCUUAUGUGAACUACAUCCAGAAGGACCCAGGCGCUCCUUGCUCCUUAACAGAGGCUCUGGACUACCUCCAGGUCGACAUCCUGGAAAACCUGAUAGAGAAGGACAGCAUGGCAGCCAAUCAGAACCAGCCUCCUAAAAAUAAGCCUCAUAACCUCACGGUGGUUGCCAUGGAGGGCUGCCACUCCUUCAUCAUCCUGGACUGGGCCCGACCCCUGAAGGACGAUAUGGUGUCAGGCUACAUGGUCCACAGCGCUUCUUAUGAUGAUGUACUCAACAACAGGUGGUCCUCCAGAUCCUCCAGUGGGACCCACCUGCCUGUGGAGAAUCUAAAACCCAACUCCAGGUACUACUUCAAAGUGCAGGCCAAGAAUGUGUUUGGCUUGGGGCCAGUCAGCGAUACGCUCACCUAUGUUACUGAAUCAGACGAUCCUCUCCUCAUUGAAAGACCACCCGGUGGAGAACCAAUAUGGAUCCCUUUCACCUUCAAGUAUAACUCAGCCCACAGCAGCUGUAAGGGCAGCCAGUACGUCAAGCGGACAUGGUACAGGAAGUUUGUGGGAGUGGUUCUGUGCAAUUCCCUACGAUACAAGAUCUUCAUGGGAGACGGGCUCAGAGAGCCUUUUUACAGCAUAGGAGAUACACUUGGCCAAGGAGAGGACCAUUGCCAGUUUGUGGACUCCUACAGGGAUGGAAGGACGGGCCCGGCCUACCUCUCAAAUAAUCUGCCCUCAGCACAAGGAUUUUACCGUGCCUACAGACAGGAGCCAGUUUCAUUUGGAGUUAUCGGCCGACGCACAUCCCAUCCAUUUGUAGGCUGGUAUGAAUGCGGGGUGCCCAUCCCCGGAAAGUGGUAACACACAGACAUUGUUACCAAGGGCGACCGUUCUGCAUCCUGCUGCAGGCUCUUACCUUCGCUGGUCUUGCCCUUAAAAACAGACUUUUGCCUGCCACCACAAAGAGACACCACUACGAAUUUAUUACAGCUUCACAGAAAAAGAGAAUAUAGUACUUUUAAACUAUUCAAUGUAUAUCAUUACAAUGCACUUUUUAUAUAAAGCAGUCUGUAUAUGAGGGAAAAAGAAGCAUGUGUGCUCUUGCUUAGUUUAAUUCUUGUCUCAAUGUGUCCUUGUACUAUUCCCAAAUAUCCCAGAGACAGGCCUUUAUCCAGUAUUUAUCUCAUCCAUAAUGCACACACACAGUCAAACCAAAAUAAUGACAAUGGACUGGACCAAAGUACACGCUGCAACGCAAACAGUAAGAAUGAGCACUUAAGGUGUGUAUAGGUUUGUUCAUUUUCAGUCGUGACAUUUGAAAUUCAUCAUUCAACAGCUUCUGACAGCUACUUUUUGUUUGUUUAUUUGUGUUCCUAAACCAUCAUACUGUUUUUUUUUACGCCCUUUUGGUAUUCACCAGAAUUCAUUAAAAGUUACUGUGUAAGUUUUCUGUGUAUAAGACAAAGAAUAAAAGACCAAAUAUUUGCUCAGGAACUGUGGGGGAUUGAAUAAAGGUGCUAUGGAAACAUCA